CCUGCCCGCCUGCCCGCUUGACCCACCACCGCCCGACGACGCCUCAGCCAUGAUCAUCUACCGGGACUGCAUCAGCCAAGACGAGAUGUUCUCGGACAUCUACAAGGUCAAAGAAGUGGCCAGCGGACUCUGCCUGGAAGUGGAAGGGAAGAUGGUGAGCAGGAAAGAAGGUGAAAUAGAUGAUGCUUUAAUUGGUGGAAAUGCGUCGGCUGAAGGUCCAGAUGGUGAAGGGUCAGAGGCUACCGUUGUCACCGGUGUUGACACUGUAAUGAACCACCACCUUCAGGAAACAAGUUUCACUAAAGAGUCUUACAAGAAGUACAUCAAGGACUACAUGAAAGCAAUCAAAGCAAGACUUGAGGAAACAAAGCCAGAGAGAGAAAAGCCAUUUAUGACUGGAGCAGCUGAACAAGUCAAACAUAUCCUUGCAAACUUCAAAAAUUACCAGUUUUUUGUAGGCGAGAACAUGAAUCCAGAUGGAAUGGUGGCGUUGCUGGAUUUCCAUGAGGAUGGUAUCACUCCUUAUAUGAUUUUCUUAAAGGAUGGAUUAGAAAUGGAGAAAUGUUAACAAGAGACCAACCCUUCUGGAUCAUCUAUCAUCAUCAUAAUUGGCUGCUGUUCUUUAUUCAUCAACAAAACAUCAUGACUCAGCAUUGUUUGAAAACUGGACUGAUGCCAUCUUGAGCUUAAUUUGAUUUAUUUUGACCCUGAAAUAAUUGGA